AUGUGGCCGCCGCCCGCCGCCCGCCGCCCGCCGCUGCCGCCCGCAGACGAGAGUAACCUUGGAGGCCAGCCACUCCUGGCGGUGAUUGGAGGAGGAGGGGUGAAGGUGUACCCGCGGCGGACUGCAGCUGCUCCCCGGGCAAGCCUGGCGGGCCACGGGGUAAGAGCAGCAGCAGCUCGGGAGUCGGUACAAAUGAGGGCUCCCGGAGACCCUCGAAGCUCUCCCACAGGUACUGUGCGCCCCCCAUCACGCCCCUGCGGCCUCCUGGCGGGGCCUCUUGUUCCCUCGGCGGAGGCCAGACCCCCGCCACGGGGCCACCGCCGGCACCUAGCGCCGCCCCGCUCGCCGCCCAGCCGCGUCACGCAGGCAGUGUUUCACGCACACGCGACCUCCCGCGGGAACACAGGCUUUGAACACGAGCCACAAUCUGAUGGGCCUCUCCCCGCCCCCGCCGCCGCAGCCGCCGCGCCUCCUCCCGGCUGGGCACCGUUUACCUGCCGCUACUCCGAUCACUUUCCCGCUUGUUCCCUCGCACCCCGCCACCCGCCACCCCCCCGGCCCGUAGGAAAGCGGCGGGGAGCGUGUUCCUCUCCCUGGUGCUCCGCGGGGCUCCUUGUUCCUCGGCGGGGUCCUGCGGAGUACCUAAGGAGCUCGCCGGGCGUCUGGGCACCCCAGGCCCCCCUCUCCCUACUCCCGCGGGGCGGGGCGGCACCCUCAGGCGUCAUGACACGUAGUGACACGCUCAGGCUGCUGCAGGAGGCAGCGCCGUGGCCAAUCUCAGGACCCCGCUCCGCCGCGGCGCCGCUCCGCUCAGGCGGCCUCAGAUGA